GAACAAAGCCCCUCGCUGCCCGUAUCUCGCUCUCGUGUCGUUCUGCGUGUACAGCACGGAGAAACCGCUCAAGUCAGCAGCGGCAGAGGAGGUUGUUACGUGAUUAAGACAGCGGUCCGUAUUCGGCUCGAGGUGGGACCCACAGGUGCAAUUCAAGGUAGCCAAACAGUUGCUGUCGACCCGCUGCUCGCAACGUCUUUGCUGCCGUUCAAGACACACUCUCCCCCUGAUUUCGCCUCCAAGCCGCUUGACUGUCUUCACGUCUUCCUCUUAUCCUGGUCUGGCUGUCAUCCGUGUAGCGCAUCUGUUUGCCACAUCAAGUCAUGGACCGCUAUGCGAAAAUUGAGAAGAUUGAUGAGGGUACUUAUGGUGUGGUCUACAAGGCGCGGGAUAUGAAUAGCAACAGCAUUGUCGCCCUGAAGAAGAUCCGUCUCGAGGCCGAGGACGAGGGCGUGCCCAGUACAGCUAUUCGGGAGAUCAGCUUGUUGAAAGAGCUGAAGGAUGAGAACAUCGUUCGGCUAUUGGACAUUGUACACGCGGAUGCCAAGUUGUACCUAGUGUUCGAGUUCUUGGAUAUGGAUUUGAAGCGUUACAUGGACAACGCCAACCGAGCCGGCGCGCCAAUUUCGAUGAACCUCGUAAAGAAAUUCACCCACCAAAUGUUGUGUGGUAUUCUAUACUGCCACACCCACAGGAUUCUCCAUCGCGACCUUAAACCCCAGAACUUAUUAAUUGACAGAUACGAUAACUUGAAGCUGGCUGACUUCGGACUGGCAAGGGCCUUCGGUAUCCCUAUGCGUACAUAUACGCACGAGGUCGUGACCCUGUGGUAUCGCGCCCCCGAAGUGCUGCUAGGCUCUCGGUACUACUCCACCGCCAUCGACAUGUGGUCCGUCGGCUGCAUCAUGGCGGAGAUGGCCCUGCACGGGUCCCCGCUUUUCCCCGGCGACUCAGAGAUCGACCAGAUUUUUAAGAUUUUUAGGGUCUUAGGGACACCGGAUGAAAACACUUGGCCCGAUAUCAAGAACAUGCAGGAUUACAAGCCGUCGUUCCCCCGAUGGCACGCGCAGGAUCUUGCGGCACAUGUGCCCGACCUGGACACUGCCGGCAUAGACUUGUUGAAGCGUUCACUCAUCUAUGACACGUCGAAGCGUAUCUCUGCCAAGAGAGCCCUUGUCCACCCCUAUUUUGCAGACUACAAACCUUAAUUCUGUACGUUUCACAUCUUGUAUCUCGCCGCCACCCCAUCGUCUCGUGUCUCGCACUCGCAUCGUGUCUGUUUCCUUAGUCUUGCAUUAUGUCUGUCCCUCUUUUCAUCAGCUGCAUUUGGUAUCUUUACGCACUUAUAUUAUCAAUUGUAAAAACGGAGAUCCUGGAAUACACCUUGCCCCUCCGUAUUUCCUUGUCGAAAC